UAUCAGCAAGUGCACGACGAGUCAUCGAGUCACUGUGGUGUGAGGAAAGCCCCGAGCGGAGUGCGCGCAGGGACUGGAUGCAAAAAAAGUGAAGUUACCGGAGAAGCUUGCAGCGAACGUAGAAGAAGAACCGGCAGAGAGGAUCCCUUCCAGUGUGUCAGUGAAAUGAGUCUAAGCACCAGUGAGAUGGAGGACCUGUGGGAGUCUUUGGGCUACCUCAACUUCACCGACUCCGCCUCCAACAUUUCCAUCGUGGACACCAUGGUGUGCGCCACAGCCUUCAACCGCCGCGCCCUGCUCCACUCCAUGUGUGUCCUCUACACCUUCAUCUUCGUGGUGGGUCUGGCGGCCAACGCUCUGGUGCUGUGGGUGAACGUGCGCGCUCAAAGGGACUCCGCCCCUCGCCAUGAGACGCACACAUACAUCGCCCACCUGGCCGUGGCUGACCUGUGCGUGUGCGCAACCCUGCCCGUGUGGGUAAGCUCGCUGGCCCAGCACGGCCACUGGCCUUUUGGGGAGGUAGCGUGCAAACUCACGCACCUUCUCUUCUCCGUCAACCUCUUCGGGAGCAUCUUCUUCUUGGCUUGCAUGAGCGUGGACCGCUAUCUGAGUGUGACGUGGCAUCGGGAGAACCAGGGCGGCAUGUGCAGGAAGCUGAUCCGCCGCGUGGUGUGUGUAGGGGUGUGGCUUCUGGCCCUGGUGGCCUCCUUGCCAGACACCUACUUCCUGCGUACAGUGAAGGCCUCACAUGGGGAUAGCAUGCUAUGCAGGCCUGUCUACCCAGAGGAGAACCCCAGGGAGUGGAUGGUAGGCGUCCAGCUGAGCUUCAUCCUCUUGGGCUUCAUCCUCCCCUUCCCUGUGAUCGCAGUCUUCUACGCCCUGCUGGCCAGAGCCUUCACACGCACGUCCUCAUUGUCACCGUCCUCCACGGUGGAGCAGGAGCGCCGCGUGAGCCGCAGGGUGAUCCUCGCUUACAUCGUGGUUUUCCUGGCCUGCUGGGGGCCGUAUCACGCCGUGCUCCUGGCCGACUCUCUCUCCCAGUUGGGCGUUCUUCCGCUGACCUGUGGCCUGGAGAACUUCCUCUACGUGGCCAUUCACCUCACCCAGUGCCUGUCCUUGCUGCACUGCUGCUUCAACCCCAUCCUCUACAACUUCAUCAACAGGAACUACCGCUACGACCUCAUGAAGGCCUUCAUCUUUAAAUACUCCACACGGACUGGCCUGGCGCGCCUCAUUGAGGCGUCCAACGUGUCUGACACGGAGUACUCCGCUGUCGCCGUGGACAACCCGCCACAGAUAUGAGGAUCCCUCGGCUCCGCAAUUGAAAUGAUCUCAAUCCGGUCCGAUAUUACGCAACAGGUUUCAUCGGGAUGCUUCGUAUUUGACAUGAAGUGACAUUGAAAGACAUUUGCUGCAGUUGAAUAGAAAAUCCUGUGGACGGACACGCAUCGAAUUGAUGGACUGAUUGUAAAAAAAGCACUUAGGGAUCAGUUUUAUUAGCGAUAUCAUAUAAAUACUGUAUUGUUACUCAUCCGUAAAGCCAAACCUUAUAUUUGUAAGGUUGUUUUGUGUGUGUGUGUGUGUGUGUGUGUGUGUGUGUGUGUGUGUGUGUGUGUGUAUGUGCGUGUUUAUAACCAGGCGGGCAUUGAUAGAACUGUGUGAUCAGAAUGACAUGUUUAAUCAAUUUAUUUAUACUCAUUUAUAACCGGCGAUGUUACUCACAAAAACUCGACGUUACGCCUCAUGCUUACAGUGCACACACUGGCGGGCUCGUCGUUCAAGUCCUGCUGUCACACGUUCGGUAUGAAAACCUCGUUACGUCAUGUCGGUUGAAGAGUGAACGGCGUCAGCGGUCAGAAUGCUUUGGAGGACAUGCUAGCAUGCAUGCUCUCAGUUUUAUAAUCAGACAAAUGGCAGUGGUUUCAUUUAUUUGAACAUGCAUACAAAAUACAUUGGAAUACGUCACGUAUUACAAUUCACCGUUGCACAUGUCCACAAGGAGGAAGAAGCAAAGCUUAUUUAAUCCUAGCCCCCCAUCCGUUUUACAUCAAUUGCGAUACAUUCGUUCACUUCCUGUAUUCCAAAUGCACUCUUUGCUGGUUGAAAGGCACAGGAAAACCAUAAGGUAAUGCAAUAAUGUGGUAACAUAGCGGUCGAAGUUGUUGUCACCGUGACUACUUCAUAUGACAAUCAUAAUAAAUGAUAUGUACGAAAAAUAGACAGACAAACUUAUUGACAAGGAGCUACACAGUCGUUUUCCAACCAAUGUUGCUCAAAUUUCCCAGACAUGUGCUUGUCCGUUCCAUAAAGGUGUGUACUGAAUUUUGUGGUGAUUUGACGAAACACCCUGGAGUUACCGUGUGUUUUGUACAGCUGUCAAUCACUUUGGCAUUUGUUUCUCAGAAAAGUUAAGCACAGGCGACACAGGAUGGGAGCAUGUUUGGUCAAGUUCUCAGCUGUUCAGGAGUAGAAGAGUGUUUUCCACAGUAUUUUGAGCACAACCCAUGGGGGGCGCCCUAAAUGAGACAUCCUAAUGAUGACUAGACUACCACUGAACGACCUAUAGGCAAUCUUAAAUAUAAAGAAUGCAACCAUUCCUUGUGUCCACGCGUACUUUUUGAAGCCUCUUUUCAGACAUGAAUGGCUGCUAACUGCUAAUUAGCCUAGCUAGCCUGCUUUGUUAGCAUACAGGUGAGUUUUAUUUUUAGGGCAUACUAGCAUUGUCCAAGAAGAGAAAGAGGUCACCAAUGGAGUUGUGUUUCCAUCACUUCCCACUGGAGGUUGAGCCAAUAAAUACCCUCAUUUGGCCCUUUUUCUCACAGGAGACAAAAGCCACAUAUUGGGUGGCGCUAUUAGCUCUUUUGCGUGGUGUGAAAAGAAGGCGUAAUAAACCCAUUAUCUUUUUAGUUUCACAUUGACAGAAGGCUUCCACUGGACCUGCUGAAAUAUGACAGCUUAUAAACGAUACUGUUUCUAUAUGACGUGGUUGUGUGUGUGUGUGUGUGUGUGUGUGUGUGUGUGUGUGUGUGUGUGUGUGGAAUUGAUCGUGCUGCAUCAGCACAUCGGGGCCACACACUUACUGACUUUUACAACCAAAUAACUGAAUAACUUUACUGCUCUCGUGCAGGCAGCAGCUGUGAUGUGCAACAACAAAGUGUUUAUUAGGGACCAAAUAAAGCAGUCUUGUGAGGGUGUGUGUGUGUGUGUGUGUGUGUGUGAGAUACCCCACCGUUCCUCUGCAGGGGAAAUAUUAUCAUUUCACAAGCUGACACGGUGUCAUUUAUUCUGAAAGGAUUUCAUGUUGUGCCUACAAGAGCGCAGGCACUUCUUUGCUAUUGUAAAAUGUGUUUUGUCCAAUAUAUUAAACACA